CUCUUCUCCUUCCCCCAGUUUUCCUCAAACAACCCUCUCUCUGCUUUCUUCGGGCUCCAGACGUCGCAGCCACCGAAACCAAUCAAAGAAUGGCGGCGAUUUCAUCUCUCUCGCAGUUCCCUUGCAGACCCAUCGCCGGGGUUCGCCAGCCGCAGCUCUACACCCCAAAAGCAUUCGCCUUUCCGGCGAAAUCGGCGGGUUUUCACUCGAUGGCGGCUCCGGCGAGGUCGUCUCCGAACAGGGGAUUCGUGAGUCCGAAGGGGAGAUUCUUCUCCCGGGCAUAUGGGGAAGAUGGGUUCGGGGAUGAGGAGGAGGAGGAUGAGCAGGAGGAGACUCCGGGUGGCGUGGCGGUGGCGGAAGACGGGCCGGAGGCGGCGGAAACGGACGUGCUGAAGAAACAGCUGGUGGAUUCGUUCUACGGGACGAACAGAGGACUGGCUGCUAGCAGCGAAACUCGGGCGGAGGUGGUGGAGCUCAUCGCGCAGCUGGAAGCCAAGAAUCCGACGCCGGCACCCACGGAGGCGUUGACUCUUCUCAAUGGAAAAUGGGUUCUUGCGUACACAUCUUUUGUCGGGAUGUUCCCUUUGUUAUCAAAGGGCACACUCCCUCUAGUCACUGUCCAAGAAAUAUCUCAGACCAUCGAUUCUGAGAGUUUCACUGUGGAGAACUCUGUCGUCUUCUCCGGGCCAUUGGCGACCACUUCCAUCAGUACCAAUGCCAAGUUUGAAGUGCGUAGCCCUAAGCGUGUGCAGAUAAAGUUUGAAGAAGGCAUAAUUGGGACUCCACAGCUGACAGAUUCCAUUGUGUUGCCGGAGAGCGUGGAGGUGUUGGGGAGCAAGAUUGAUCUCACCCCUUUCAAAGGGUUGGUCACUUCUUUACAAGACGCGGCUUCUUCGGUGGCCAAGUCCUUCUCCAGCCACCCGCCAUUGAAGUUCUCUCUUGCCAGUACCAAUGCCGAGUCUUGGCUUUUGACCACAUACCUGGACAACGAGCUUCGGGUUUCAAGAGGAGAUGGUGGCAGUGUGUUUGUGCUUGUCAAGGAUGGCAGCCCUCUCCUGGAGCCCUAUUAGUAGUAGAAUUCCAGAAUGGUUUUCUUGUUGUUGUAUGAUUCACACACUUUGAACACUGUAGUUGUGCACCAGAUGUGGAGUGGACAUGGAUCUGUCUAAAUGAGAUGAACAAUUCAAGCUGAUCUUUUGUGUAUUUAUAUGCUUCUUAUUAUUUGUGCCAAUAAAAUUACAAGCUUUUG